UUAAUGGGUUGUGAAAGAUAUAAUAGAUCAACAAGUGCUAAAGGUUGCCCUAAUGAUGAUUACGUCAAGCUUAGACAUCGCACCGUGUUCCAAUUAUUCAAUUUGUGCGUAGAUGUAACGAGGCUACGUUAAUAGUUGCAUAAGUAGGGUGCAUCUGCUUGACAUUUGAAUCGACCCCAAAUCCGAAUAGAAACUGUGUCACAUUAGCUGCCGGCCGGCAAAAGUACCGGCGCGAUGUUGACGACGACGACGGUCGAGCGUUGUGCAAUCCCGUUAGCACUCCGCUCCACGUGCGGAGCCGGCGCGCCUCAAUGUCGCCCGUGGGCGGCCGCCGCCCGCUGAAAAUAGCGAGCCUACCCGAAGUCCGACCGCUCGCUCGAACGCACCCGAGCGCGCUGCUCUCGCUCUAGCCGCCACUCGAUGCCCACUUCUUCUCCCUCGCACAAACAGCUGAGUAUCAAAACAAAGAAGUGAGACGAACGGUCGCCGCUCCCGCUCGCCGGCCGGCCGGUGUCGCCGGUCGCGCCGAACGAACGCUCAACGCACGCCAGUUCUCGUUUGAACCGUGUCUAUCGAGGUUGUCCGCAGCGAACUUGUGCGCAAAGUUUACUACCGCGAAAGGGUUUUUCUUUGUCCCGAUCUUCGAGGACCUUGCCCUCGUAUUAUGUUUCCGCGCGAGAACAGCGAUCAGCCUCGGCCUUUUGAGGGCCCGAACCGCGUUCAGCGUACAGAGUCGGAUCGAAAUUUUCGCAAUUGCCCGAAAUUUUGUUACGGAUACCCCGCGAAACGCGCUCGCCGGGCGAUUUGAAAAUUUUGAGUGAACUUGUGACUGAAAAGUGAGUGGACUACCAGACAGUGUCUAGAACGGUGCAGUGAAUUUAAUAUCAGAAGUGAAUUUGAACUGAAAGCAUCAUGUCUACCGGUAAACGCUUAGCGAAACGCUCUAUCAUAGGGACGCGAGUAGCCGCUCUCGGCGACGACGGACUCUACUACUCGGGGAUGAUCCAAGCGGUGAAAACGCCGGCUCCUUUCCCGGAAAACAACAACUGUAUAAACUUAACACCUAAUACCCGUUACACGGUGCGCUUCGACGGCGGUAAGAUGACGCGCGAAUAUCGUGAUGCGGAGCUCAUCGGGCCCGGGUUCCGAGGGUUGGCCGGCGUGCGCCUGAAGCCCGGCCAGCGCGUCUUCCUCACGUACAACGGGCGCGAGGUGCGCGCCGACGUGCUCAACCACGACCACGACACCGACGAGCUCCGUGUGCAGGUGCAUGCGCCCGCUGCCGAGGUGCCCAUAGAGCUAAGGAAGAGAUUAGAAGAGAUAAGACUGCUGGAGUCUCGAAAGUCGGCGAGGCUUGCGGAUGUAGAUACGGAUUUCGCAAGACUCGCGGACAUGGCUGGGGACCGCCGCCGAGCCUCCGCCACUAUAGAAGUGCCUUCGCAUCAUAUGCAAGGAUCACGUAAACGAGGUCCGAGUAGUUCCUACGACUUGGGCUACGGAGAAAGAGAUGACCAAAUGAACGAAUGUAACGCAGCGCUCGUCCUUAUGUCCCUCAGCUGUUCACCAAAUUCACCUCGACCCAGCGCUUGGGGUGACCGAUCAUCGGUGUCUCCGGGAGCUAGCAGCAGUUCAGGCUCAUCAUGGCGAUCCGGCACGCCGUCACCACCACCAGUCUCGUCAUCUUUCAGCGACGAAGGCAUCGCCAUGGACUACGAAGACAAACCACCCACCAAAAAGAGGAUCAACAUAGUAUUCGAAUGCACUUGGAGAGGCUGCGGUUACAUCACUGGUUCGUGUACUUCCAUCGAGGCUCAUAUCAGACAAACACAUUUAGGGCCCAAGAAAGAAGGUGAGAGUGAUCAUGAGGAAGAGUUUUACUACACGGAGCGUGAAGUCGCUGCGCCGGCGCCGGCGCCCACCCUGUCCCACCGAGACAUGUGCCGUCCACCGCACGAAGACCCCGACUAUCAAAGGCAGCUGGUCGGAUCCUACAGGCAAGGCCUAUUAUCAACUAUGCAAAAUGGAUCAGCGCGGCCCAUAAGCAUUCCCGUAACGCAUUCCUGGUCAAACUCGCAUUCACCGAAGCACCUAAAGUUCACGGGAGCGAGCAGCUCGCCCGGCAGCCCCGGCCGGCGCCCGCGCUCCGACAACAAGAAGUGUCGCAAGGUGUACGGCAUGGACCAACGCGAUCUCUGGUGCACUCAGUGCAAAUGGAAGAAAGCGUGCACGCGUUUCGGAGACUAGCGGGCACGGCGACCGCUCGCUUCUGCGCGUGCUGUGAUGAACUCAAGUGAACGGUUUCGCUACUGAAAGUGAAGCUCUCCUUUUCUCGGAUUCAAACAGAUACAAAAGUAUUCCUCGGACGAGGACUAUUCCGUGUGCGGGACGUGAUUAACUAGGCUAAGUCGAGAAAAUAUAUUACGAAUGAGGUUUUAUUUACGGAGUAAUUAUAUUAUUAUGAAUAGUUAUAAAGUUAAAGGGAGACAUAUUUUUUUCUCUGUGAAUGUUGCUCGUAUUUUGACUGCGGGACAUUGCCCAGUGCCCACGUAUUUUUGUAGCGCGGUAGAUUUGCCUUUACUGUGACACGCAUAAGACGACUGUGUCGCCAUCGGUCGGAGACUGUGAAUAAUAGAUUUAAGAGACUUAGAUUUAAGGUUAGACUGACAAUGCAUUGUAGAGUGAAAACCAUUGUUACAUAUCCACUGUACGCUGUACGCGCCUACCUCGUGCAAUAAACAUAAGCAAUAGUCGUUGACUAGUAAGAUUUUCACUAUUUUCUACCGACUCUUGUUAGCUGUAGUGAAAGAAUAGAUAUACCAGGAUUGAAUAAUAUACAAAACCUAAAUAUUCAUUAGAUUCUAAAAGUUUAUUUUUUUAAAAGGACAAAGUAUAUCACCGUAUCUAGUAAUACCUAAAAUAAAUACCUAUAGCACAUUUUUAUUACAAAUGUUUAAUGGCAUGUUCACACUAAUAUUGAGUUGGAAGUAAAUAUUUUUGCCGUAAUUUAGAAUAUUUUUUAGGGAAAAAUGUGACACUGACAAGGAGCGCAAUAAUUUUCGCCAAAUAUUAAGAAAAAUUAAACUGUUUAUUGGUGUGAACGUGGCUUUAGAUAUUCAUUAUAUUUUUUUCCAAUAUUAUUUUAAUUAAUUUAUUGUCAUGGAAGGGAUAAUUCCAGAAUAUAUAUAAUAGGUAAGCUAUGUUAUAAUUUUAAAACCCUCAAACUCCCUGAAAAACAUUUGAUUUUUAUUUUUAAACAUCAGCAAUCAUUUGAUCUAUGAGGGCUUCGUUGAUGUUCGUAUAGUGUAUCAAAAUGAAGUCAGUGAAUUCCGUCCACGUCUUCAAAAGUGCUUUAUCGAGUAGCUUCUACGACCAGCUGUAACAAUGUUUUCACGCUGCAUAUGCCUCGGGUGCAAACUAACGCACCAAAUCAAAGUCGACUUGGUAAAGAACCUACGGUCGCAAUAAACUUCAGUGAUAUAAAUCACUAAUUAUAUACUUCGACUGAAUUAUUAGGUAAUAAUGAAUUAAAACAUGUAGUAAUAUAUGACUUAGUACCAUAAGUUAUCUCAGAUUCGACUAAAAGACUACACAAAUUUAGACUUAAAUUUUUAUGAACAUAUCUGUAUUGUAUACAUGCUGGUCCUAUCCGAACAAGGAGACAAUACUCAGCGUAGGCCGCCCGCCUCGGACUGCGAGUGAGGGCACCUACUGAUGACUGCCGAUAAGUGAUGACAUUGACGAGUGUGUGAACAGCCAGGCUAUGACUACAUAAGGAUUGAGGAUAGGGUAACGUCUAGUAAUCAGUUACCCGUAUAAUUAAUCUAUGAGGUUGAAUUGGCUACGGGCUACGAGCUACGAAAAUCUGAACAAGGAUAUGUGAUAACUUUACAAUUUUGAAUAAAGAAUUGAUGACAGCGGGGUUUUAUAUAUAUCAGAAUCAUUAAAUAAUAUAUGAAGGUAUUGUGAAAACAUCGGGCAUGGCCAAAGCACAGCAUUUUAAUAGAAAUCGCCAUCACACAUAGAUACCUACCUGAUUAUUUAAAAAAAAACCGUUCCAGUCAACUCAUAUUUCCAACUCGAAGACGAAAAAUGUGAUAGAAGAAGGAAACGAGACAAGAAUAAAGGCAAUUGCGAGCUGCAAUAUUACUUGUUAAGUAAAUAUUAUAAUAUAAAAAUUAUAUUUGUAAAUAGAUAAUUAUAUUUAAUAUACCUAUUAAUGAUAUAAAGCAAAGCGUUGUUCGGAUAUGUACAUAAAAUAAAAUUAUAUUGCUUUAAAUUAUACUGUUACUUAAUGUGAUCGUUAAACGGAUUAUUAUUUGUACGAUAUCACACUGUUAUUGUAAAAUAUAAUGUUUUAAUAAGUACAUUU